AUGGACCCUACACACGGCCCACAGAUGACCAGCGUGUCCCCGUCUCCGUCACCUCCAGGAGGAUCACCUUCUCUGGCUGCUGUGGACAUAGUGGUGCUGGUAGUCUACUUUAUACUGAUUCUGGCUGUUGGUUUUUGGGUGAGUACAACAGAGACACAGACAGAGAAUUGAGGGAUCCAUACCCAUGUCCUUCAACAAGAUCAUCCUAGCAACAACUUCUGUAUAAACCUCAGAAGACAUAUUUCAUCUGUAACUGGGUUUAAAGAGGCUCAUCCUCACCUCCCUGUCAGUCCAUGUUUAGGACAAAGCGCAGCACGGUGGACGGAUACUUCCUGGCUGGGAAGAACAUGACCUGGUGGCCGGUGAGUCGAACAUCAAUAAACCAUCAAUCAAUUUUGAAAUCAAACAUACUGAACCCCUGAAACCCUGAAUCCAUCCUGAUGCUCAGGUGGGUGCCUCGCUGUUUGCGAGUAACAUCGGGAGUGGACAUUUCAUCGGCCUGGCCGGGUCAGGAGCUGCAGCGGGAAUUGGAGCGAUUGCAUAUGAGUGGAAUGUAAGAAAUUAUAAAGAUACUGUGAAGUCUGAUUAGAAAAGUCUUUAUUUUAAAGUGUCUGUAUGAUAUUUGGUCGUCUGCAGGGUAUGCUGAUGGUGCUUCUACUGGGGUGGCUCUUCUUACCCAUUUACAUCGCCUCUGGGGUAAAGCUUCAAAACCUGAAAUAUCGCACAUGUGCACCUGCCCAAUCGAGUCAUUUAUCUCUUUACAAACCCUCUCCUUGGAUCCUCCAGGUUACGACCAUGCCAGAGUAUCUGCAGAGGCGGUUUGGCGGCAGAAGAAUACAGUUAUUUAUAACCGUCCUGUCUUUGUUUAUCUACAUUUUCACAAAGAUAUCGGUACGACACAAACCUGCUUCCACUCUCUUUUUUGUCUAUCCAGAUGAGUGUGUUUUGCAUGCUCUCUCAUCUGCUUUCUCUGUGUGUUUCUGUGUAGGUGGACAUGUAUGCAGGUGCUCUGUUCAUUCAGCUUGCUUUGAAGUGGAACAUCUACCUGGCUGUGAUCUUGCUCCUGUCAAUCACAGCUAUCUACACUGUAGCCGGUGACUUUUUCUCUUUCUUACCUUUGGAUUCAAAUGUUCCAGUCACUGACAAAUCCGAGCGCGGUGUUUAUUCUCCUGUCGGUGUUUUUCUUCAGGGGGUCUGGCUGCGGUGAUCUACACAGAUGCUGCUCAAACAGUCAUCAUGUUAGCCGGAUCGCUCGCUCUCACAGGCUUCAGUAAGUCGAACCACGACACCCUCUCAUCAUCAUCAGCUGUUUAUAAUCCAGUCGAUGAGACCCUCAUGUUCCCAUGUUAAGGUUUCGCAGAGGUGGGCGGCUGGAACGCUCUGAUGGAGGGGUACUUUGAGGCCAUCCCUUCGAUCCGUGUGCCGAACUCAACCUGCGGCAUCCCCAGAGCCGACUCCUUCCAACUCUUCAGAGACCCGCUGACCUCUGACCUGCCCUGGCCGGGGAUCAUCAUCGGCAUGUCCAUCCCCUCCAUGUGGUACUGGUGUUCAGAUCAGGUAAAGACGCUCAGUUUGUUGGGGACUGGAGGGUUGAAAACUGGACUUGGUAGCUUGAGAGGUGCAAGACUUGAUUAAAGGUGGGGUAGGCAGGAUCUGAGGAAGUGCCAGUUUUUGGGAGACAUCUUGAAUGUCCUCCUCUCCCCUCCCUCUCUGCUCCAGCAAGCCCCGCCCACAAACAGACGCUCCUGCCCGCUCGUAUCGUUCCAAUUAAAUUCAGAUAUAAUUCAGAUAAAUACUUCAGAUCAUUACAAAUGGGGCCCAGUCAAGGUGAAAGUCAAAAGCAUUGGUGCUACUGUAGAUGCCAACAGACUACCAGCAAACACAAUGUUUGCAGGACUUCUACAACGAGGAUAAAGUGACAUAGUCUAGGACCCGAGGGAGGACAGUUUAGCGAUGGCGCUACAACACGCUACAGCAGGUCCGUUUGACAAGAAACACUUCUGUUACAGACACUUGGCUUACUUUGUUAAAGCGGUUUACCUGUCCAGCAGAAAGGUUACAGGGUCACCAAGAUCCCCAAGCGUCCCCCAUCGUUUUAUGUUGACCCGGCUUUUUAGCUCUUGUAUGGUCUACCUCCGUUUUAAGCGCCCGUUAUUCCUCCAGAGUCUCUGGUAUUUACUUCAUGUUCUUGCUUGUGUCGGCAGUCGUGGCCAAAGGAGGAUUCAGACAAUUUUCCGAACUUUCUGGUUGGUUUCUACUGUCCGAUAUUGUAGCACGCUAACUUUGUUCGGGCUCCUGAACUUUAUUCUUGGAGUGUUCGCAUCACAACCAGUCAGGUCAGGGAGAUGGAGAACGGCUUUGUUUACAGUCAGAAAGAGAGGGCCACUUAAAAAUGUUAACAUGUUGACUACACAGACAUAAGAGAACACAGCGAUAUCGUUAUAUUACUAAGUGUCAUCAAUAACUAAUAUCUAUGUUAUUAUAUUCAUUAUUUUUAUUAUAUAUAUAUAUGACUGAUAUUAAAAGCUUUUUUUGUAUUUACACCACAAAAAAAAGACACUUUUUUAACGGAAUCCUGCCCACCCCACCUUUAAAUGUCUUCUUUGUGCAGCUAGUUGAGUUGCCCCCUGCUGGCAGUAGUAAAUAAUGCAGUUUUGUGUCACUUCCUCAUGUGCUUCAGCUGUUUAAAAGUUUAGUGAUAAUGUACUAAGCAACCAAGCAUGAAGACCUAAUGGUCUCAAAGAGCGUUUCACAUAACACCUUCAACCCUCGAUAUCUCAGCGAUAAUUAUCCAAAAGUGUGUCUCACGCUUUACACGCCUCGAUUUAAAUGCUCGUCUGCAGGUGUUCACGCCUCUUGAAGGCUGUGCUGUGGUUGUGAUUCUCUGCAGGUGAUUGUGCAGCGAUCCUUGGCUGCCAAGAACCUAACCCACGCCAAAGGUGGUUCACUGAUGGCUGCUUAUCUCAAGAUCCUGCCCUUCUUUGUCAUCAUGCUGCCUGGCAUGAUCAGCAGGAUACUUUACACAGGUAUCAGAUCGAUGCUUAAGUCAAAUUAUUAGGUGACCUCUUCAAAAGAGUUUGAGCAGAUGUAAAAACUCGUGAUGAUAUCCUGCAGAUGAUGUGGCGUGUGCAGACCCUGAGGUGUGCAAACAGAUUUGUGGGAACUCCGUUGGAUGUACAGACACGGCCUACGCCCGGCUGGUGAUGGAGCUGCUGCCUGUAGGUAGGAUCGUUCCCCUCCGUGUUUCACCUCCUGUCCUGCCUCUUUUUUCUUUUUUUGUGGUGACUCUGUGCGUGUUUCCCCUCCCAGGGCUUAGAGGUUUGAUGAUGGCGGUUAUGAUCGCCGCCCUCAUGUCCUCACUGACCUCCAUCUUUAACAGCUCCAGCACCAUUUUCACCAUGGAUCUGUGGAAGAGCUUCAGGACCAGAGCCUCAGAGUGGGAGCUGAUGAUCGUGGGCAGGUUGGAUGAGAUGAAUCUUACUUUAAGCAUUUUUCUACUUAAUAACCUCCAGCUCCUUUAGUGGUUAAAGAGCACAGUUCAUUUUGUUUAUAGAGUAAAAAGAGUCGUUGAUGGUAAUAAUACAGAAGGUCAGAGAUUUCUGCAGGGAAAGCAUUUGGUGAAUGCUUCUCUACUCUUGGCAACAAAAGUCUCCAGAAUGUGGUUAUUUUCAGCUCGGUUAGGCUGACCUGACCUACAUGUGGUCCUGGUUUCUGCACAUGUGCUGUGCACAGUUCUGCAGUCCAUGGUUUAAGUCUUCAUAAAGAGCAUUUAUUAAGUUUUAUUUUAAUGUCAAUAAAAGUUCAGCAUCAUUAAAAACACUGAUGGACUUUGCCGUGUGCUUUUCUGCAGAUGUCUGUAGUUAAAGGCUUGUGCUUCGUGUCAGAUGUUAUUUCCUCUCAGACCUGCUGCACUCAAACAAGCCUCAUGUUUAAGAUGCACAGGAAUAAAACUACACAUUCAAUCAAUCCAUUUUAAAACAAUAACCCUUAAUCCAGGCUUAAUCCAACUCGCACAGAACUUUAAAGGGAUUUUCUGGAGUACAAUUAAUUUAGGGUCAAACUCACCAUAACACUGAGUUAAGACAGAUGAAGUUUCCUCGUCUUUUGAAGCCGUCUGUUCUGUUUGCAGGGUGUUUGUACUUGUACUGGUCGUGGUGUCAGUGCUGUGGAUUCCCGUCGUUCAGGCCAGUCAGGGUGGGCAGCUCUUCAUCUACAUCCAGUCCAUCAGCACCUACCUCCAGCCUCCAGUCUCCAUCAUCUUCCUCAUGGGCUGCUUCUGGAAGAGGGCCAACGAGAAGGUCAGAAAAACCGAUCAUCUUGAGUAUCUUGAAUUGACACAGUCACAGAGUCCACAGCACCCACUCUCCCCUCCUCCUCCUCUUCCUCCUCCUUCUUCAGGGGGUGUUCUGGGGUCUCGUAAUCGGCUUGGCGAUCGGCUGCACCCGCAUGUUGUUGGAUUUCAUUUACCCCGCGCCCCUCUGCUUCGAGGAAGACGACAGACCAGGAGUGUUGAAGUACGUCCAUUACCUCUACUUCUCCACGCUCCUGUCCUUCAUCACCCUGGCUGUGGUGGUGGUCAUCAGUCUGGCCACAGAGGAGCCCAAACCAGAACAGGUGGGACCAUCUGAUCAGGUCUGAAUCCAGUCUUGGUUUGAUAUCUAUGAAUAUAUUCAACGAGGGUACAUUUUCACCAAAACAUUAUCGAUGAUUUAAUAGACUUUUCUCAAAGUGCACCGCCAAAGCAGUUAGUACAGGUGCAUUCCUUUGUUCCCAUGGUAACCAAAGAUACAAGCAACUGCAUACCUUCUUUGAGAGUGUGGAUGGUAUGAGGACACUUUUUGCAUUUUGCAUCGUCUUAUUAUGUGUUGCAGAUUAGUCGCCUCACCUGGUUCACAAGGCUUGACCCCGUGGUGCAGAGAGAAAAGACAGACGUGACGACUCGCGCAGAGACAGGAAACGAGCACGAGGGCUCCAACGGAAACACGCAUCACCACAGGAAAGGUGAGUCCUGUCUCCUAUUACAUGUUUUUAUUACACCUGCAUGUUCACACACAAACACCCUCUCCCUCUCUUACUCUUUCUCUCCUGAACCCUGCAGACUCUUCAUCCUCCACGUCCAGCACCCAGAGUCAGUCCAGGCUGAUGUGCGCCCUCUACUGGCUGUGCGGGAUGGAGAGGAAAAACAAAGGAGACGACGAUACUCCCAAGGAGCCCGUCACACCUGAACAGACUAUCUGCUCUCUGGAGGAAGAUCCACGUUUCAAACUCAUCGUCAACAUCAACCUCCUGAUUUGUCUCUCUGUGAUCUGGUUCAUUAUCGGUUACUGGGCUUGA